AUGGUUUUGAUCAGCCCUACUCUAAAAAUCGCGCCCGGAAACCAGGUUGCCACAGUGGCUGCUGGAUGCUUCUGGGGCGUUGAGCAUAUAUUCCGCAAGCAUUUCGGAAGCGGUAAGGGCUUGGUUGAUGCCCGGGUUGGAUACUGUGGAGGCGUUACCGAAAACCCCACCUACAAGGCAGUAUGCACAUCCUCUACCCAGCAUGCUGAAGCCCUCCAGAUUGAGUUUGAUCCCAAAGUUGUUUCCUACGAAACUCUCAUUGAUUUCUUUUUCCGAAUCCAUGAUCCCACCACGGCCAAUCGGCAGGGUCCUGAUGUAGGCACCCAGUACCGCAGUGCCAUUUUCACUCACAGCGACGAACAGCAAAAGAUUGCCGAGGCUGUGAAGGAAAAAAUGGAAAAAACCUUCUGGGGCAACAAGAUCGUCACCGACGUGCUGCCGAUUUCCAAUUGGUGGGAUGCGGAGGAUUACCACCAGAAGUACCUCAAGAACAACCCCGGUGGCUAUGAAUGCCCCACCCACUAUCUGCGCAGCAAACCGGAAAACCGCCUAUAA